CCUYUGUUGAUGCGCGAGCGGCGCUCCGAGUUGCACAGGAACAAGCUGCUGCGGAGGACAGUCAGCGUUCCUGUUGAGGGGAGGCACCAUCCAGAGAUGGAGAACGCUCGCGCCCGGCGGAAGAGCAUAGCCAACGUGAAGCAGCCAAGCAUGGAGAUCCCUCCCACUGCCCCCCCCCAACCCUUCCGACAAUCCAGUUUCCUCAGUAGAAGGUUGAAGGGCUCUAUCAAGAGGGCUAAGAGUCAGCCUAAACUGGACCGCACCAGCAGCUUUCGACACAUGAUCCUCCCCCGCUUCCGUAGUGCCGACCAGGACAGAACGCGCCUGAUGCAGAGCUUCAAAGAGUCCCACUCCCAUGAGUCCUUGCUGUCUCCCAGCAGCGCAGCCGAGGCGCUGGACCUCACCCUGGACGAGGACGCCAUCAUCAAGCCCGUCCAYUCCAGCAUCCUGGGACAGGAGUACUGUUUCGAGGUGAGGCUGACACGACACACAAUGAACACAGAUAGCGCUACUAAUUAA